AUGGAUCAUACCGAUAAAUAUAAAAGUAGAAUGCGGAAGAAGACCAAAGCGGUGGCUUGGAUCGUCACUGCAUGUAAACUAAAAGUUAAACACGAAGAAUUUAUUAAUGAAUUUAAAAAUGAACUCAAAGGGUACAAUUAUACUUUAGAUAUAUACGGACCUUGUGGUGAUAAAAAGUGUCCUAAGAGAAGUACAAAGAAUUGUUAUGAUAUUAUCGAACAACAUUAUUUCUUUCAAAUGGUUCUAGAAGAAACACUCGCUGAGGAUUACAUAACAGAAAGAAUGGUUAGAGCAAUGACACACAUCUCUAUACCUAUCGUCAUAGGAGGAUCGCAUUAUAACAGAUUUUUACCACCAGGCUCCUAUAUCAAUGCCCAAUCUUUUGAUAUAAAAAAAUUGGGUGCCAUUAUCGACUACCUAAUAAAGAACCCUACUACAUACGAAUAUUUCUUUGAUUGGAAAAAUCAUUACUACUACAUGGCAAGACCUAGGUCUCACAUGUGUGAUUUAUGUACGAAAUUAAAUGUAAAUAAUAUCUCUUUAAAUAAGCACUAUUCAAAGUUUAGAAAUUGGUGGGACCCAGAUUAUAAGGAACAUUGCCAAAGUGCUCAGUUUAAUAAAGGAUUUUAA